AUGUGCUUAUAUACAACGCUGGCUGGACAUCACAGACUGGAGUUGUGGUGGUAUCAGCAUUCCCUUGGACAACCAGUGCUUGACCUGGUCAGGCACUGCUUCGUGGCUACUUCGGAACCAGUAGAACUGGUUACUGCACAAGCAGCUCAAUACACUUGGCUACGAGUUUCCAGCAGGAUCGCCAACUGCCUUGCCCUGUGUUUCCUGAACUGCUUCAACUUCCGGAAAACAGUACAUGGAGAUGGCAUUGCGAAACGACGCAACAAGAGCAAGAAUCCCGACAAGCAGCUUCGCAAACACUCGUACAAGGUGACCCCCACUGCCGAGAGAAUGGUGGCACCCAAGAAAAACGCAGACGGCCACACUUCAUCAUAUUCAUUCAGCAGCUCAUCGGUAGUGGAUGACCAAGGCCGUCGAGUCACGACCGACCGCCGUCGCUAUGAGGACUCAACUGGCCGAUUGAAAGCCGUGCAAGAACGGGAGAUCGACGGUAAGAAGAUGCGCACGACUUGGAGCCGCCGGAAUAAGGAGGACGAGGGUAGGAAUGAAUCGAUCUGCUCAAGUGGCAGUCCAGAGGAGUUUGAGGCACUAUGGCAGCAGACUCCAUUUGGCGAGGCACAGAAGAUGAAGGUGAAGGGGGAAUUGUAG